CGUCAUUCUCCUCCCGCCUCUUCCUGCCGCGCCCGCCCGCCUCUUUUUUCGGACCACCCUUUUCUGCGCCUCCGGCGUGUGUCUCUUUGGAGACGCCCCCUUGGAGGGCCGCUCAGGUAAACAGGCAAGAUGGCGGCGCCGGAGAGGGCAAGCGAGGCGGAGACGGGCCCCGCGGAGGCGGACGGGCCGGAGGGGUUGGCUCUGCCGCCGCCGCCUCCUCCUCCUCCAGGGCCCGGGCCGGCCCCUCCGAGCCUGGCGGAGCUGCCGGGGGAGCUUCUGGAGCUAAUCGCGUGCUGCGGCCCGCUGAACGCCUCCGACGUGGUCCGCCUGGCCUGCACCUGCCGCCGCCUCAGGGAGGCCUGCCAGCCCCGAGGGAAGGUCUGGAGGGAGCAGCUCCGGCUCAGGUGAGCCCCAGGGACGGGUGGGGGUGUGUGUGGAAAGAGUGGAGGAAUGGGGGGGGGGGGCUCGGAAAGGUGGCAGGAGCAGCGACGUCCAUAGGUCGUGGUGCCUCUGAGCAUGGGCAGAGUGCAGGGAAGAAGGAAGGCCUGGCGUUGUUCUAAGCGCAAAGAUGUGCGUGUUUCAGGCCGCGUAACGGUGACGUCGAGAAGGUGGUGCCUCUGGGCAUGGGCAGAGUGCAGCAGGAGGAAGGCCUGGCGAGGGAGUUCCCUGGAGCAUACACAGCAGCAGUAGUUGCACUGGGUAGGUGGUGCUUCUGAGCAUGGGCAGAGUGCAGCAGCAAGAAGGCCUGGCGUUCUAAGUGCAGAGAUGUGCAUGUUUUAGGUUAUGGAGCAGUGACGUCGAGAAGGUGGUUCCUCUGGGCAUGGGCAGGAUGCAGAGGGGAGGAAGGCUUGGUGAGGGAGUUUUCUGUUCCCUGGAGUAAACACAGUAGCAAUAGUUGCAUUGGGUAGGUGGUGUUCCUGAACAUGGGCAGAGUGCAGCAGGAGGAAGGCCUGGUGGCAUCGUCCUAAGCUCACUGGGAGUUUUCAGGCUGAUGAAGCUCACACAGCAUUGUCAGUGGGAAGGCGGUGCCUCUGAGCAUGCGUAGGGUGUGUGCAUGUGAUGUUGACCCAAGCACAGUGUAAGGGCAAGAGAGUUUUCUGUUGUCUGGAGCACACACAGCAGCAGUGGUUGCAUUGGGAAGGUGGUGCCUCUGAACAUGGGCAGAGUGCUGCAGGAGGAAAGAGGAGGAAGGCCUGGUGUUGUUCUAAGUGCAACACAGUGACUUUGAGAAGAUGGUGCCUUCCUGGCAUGGGCAGAGUGCAGCAGGAGGAGCCUCUGAGCAUGGUUAGAGCACAGAAAAAGGAGAGUUUGGAGCCUUUGCAUCUACAGCAGAAACAGAGACAAUCAAGAAUAUGGUGUCCCUGAGCAUGGGCAAAGUGCAAAUGAGGAAGGACUGGAGGUGGCAUCCUAUGCACAGAGGCUUCAGUCCUUACACGUAGCCAUAGCAGUGAUAGUGGGAUGGUGAUGAUGCCACUGAGCAUGGAGAGAGUACAGAGGCAGGGAAAAGUGGAAGGUCUAAUUUCCCAGGUGCAGGGAGAAUUUUCUGGCCCUGGACAUUGGUAUGAUAAUUCCUGAGCAUAGGUGGAGUGCAGGGGGAGGAAAAGGAGAAAGGGCUGGUAUCCCUGGCCCAAGGGAAGUUUCCACUGCCAAGGUUUCGAGACACAACAGCAAUAACAGGAAUACUGGGAAGAUAAUGCCCCUGAACUGUGUGUGUAAGGCAGCUGAUGGGAGUUGUAGUUCAAAAGAUCUGGAAGUCACAUGUGGAGUAGGCCUGGGCGAUGUAUCGAUACAAGAUUGGUAUGGGGGCAGAGUGGGAUGGCAGCUUCACUCAGAGGAAUAUUGCAGGUGAAACCGCCACCGCUCCUGAGCCAAGGGAGAAACAAGCUGCAGCUGGGAGUGGUGGCAGUGUCACCUGCAAUAUACUGCUGAAUGAAGCCACUGUCCUACUCUGCCCCUUGUACUGGCAAAGAGAGAGAAACAAGCUGUAUCACCGAGGAGCCGAUACAGCUUGUUCCUCCCUUUGCUUCUUUAACGUGUUUGGCUGAGGAGCUGCAUGCCUCAGCCUAGCAGUUGGGGCUGUUCAGCUGGGGUGUGUGAAGCACCCCCACUCCCCAGCUGCAGGAGCCCCAAUCCUUCCGCUGCUUGCAUGCAAGCAGGAGAAGGAUCAGGGAUGCUCAGCUGGGGGGUGCGAAAUCCAACAUCUGCCAUCCAGAGCCAGCAGCAAAAUAGUGGCUUUGAGAACUGAAAGAAGAAAAAUCACUUUAUCCAGGCACAGUCCGUAUAUAUAUAUAUUGGCAGUGUUAGAAAAGCUAGGAGCCAAAUGUCUUCUUGGACCUGGGUUGUUGGCGCCAAAACAGAAUGUCUAGUCGCCUGGGGUGUGAGGGUCGGCAACACUUUUUAUUUAUUAUUUUAAUAAGCAUGAAUUAAUACGCAAUUCACAUAAGUGACACAUUGUUAAUAUCACAUUUUUAGCAGAAAUUGCUAAUAUAUGUUUGAUUUGGUGUUGACAGUAAAAAUAUUGGUACCAUACUUGAGUUUUCAAAACAUUCUACUCUUUAUUGUUAAACUCCUUAACAUAGUGCCUAUCCUUAACAUAUACUUGGAGGCUUCAAAGCACUACAGUUCAGUAAUUUUUGAGUGUCAGCCAGGCACAAAAAAAUGGCACCCAGACUUUUUGAGGUGCUCACAAAUGGAGAAUCUUUAGGUGCAAAAUGCGCCUUGCGCCCUGCUAAUUUCGAACCCUGCACCUAUUCCGACCUCUCUUAAUGGUGAUACGGACCAUUCAUAACUUAAGAAUGUUCUUCACAACUGUGAGCAGGGUAGUGGGGUGGGGUAAAUGAAAUGGUUCCUGAAAUUCAUUCUGAUUGUGCAGAUAAAAUGUACAUAAUUGAUAGAAUUCUACAGGAUGUGGUAUUAGUAUGUGAAAACAGUCAAGUUCCAGUGAUCCCUAGACAUGCACCUCCAGAUGGUGAAGAUCUCAAGCGCCAUCCUGGUGCCCAGGCAUCUUCACUUGGUUGUAAUAGUCAGGUGCAAAAUGUGCUAAGUCAGGUGCUUGACUAAUUUGGAACAUUGGGUGGGGUUGAAUCACAUGCAGGCAAAUUCAGGCAGUGCAAUUGAUUAGUAGGUCUUGUGUAACAAACCUGUUUCCUCAAAGAGCAGAAUUUUUGCAAAAAAAGAAAAGUGCUCCAGAAAGUGUGGGAUAAUGCUUGUUUCAAUACGGUGGCAUCUAACCUCCCCACAAACGCAUCAGAAUGAAUGCUCAAUAAAAAGCCAGUGUUGUCUAAUAUCCCUGCAAACAAAUCAGGGAGAUGAAUGCUUAAUAAGCUGAUCGUCUGGGACCCCAAGAUCUCUUCUUUGGUUAGUCACAAUUCAAACACCAUUGGCACAUAUUAAAGUUUGGGUUUAUUUUUUUAUUUAGCGAAAUAUGUUUGCCCCUUGAUUGUAGUAAUACCUGCAAGCUGCUUACAAGGAAUAUUAAAAUGAUCAAUGAAAAAUUGUUGCAUUACGCAUCAAUUUGCUCUGACCUUGAACUUCAUUUGCCAUUUUCCUGCAUGUUCACCCAGUUUGGAAAUUAUCAUAAUGGCAAACAGAUUUUUGUUUGUUUUUAAAAGCUCAUAGUAGUGUUCUCUGUCAUUACUAAAAUAAGUGAUAUUCUGUAUCUGUAUACUUUCAUCACUGCUUCAUGCUGUUCUCGAUUUUAGCAUCUGAACUGCUGUCAGGGGCCCAGUGAACCUUCCAUGAGGAAUAUGGCCACACUGCGUUACAUUAUUUCAGCAACUGUUUAUUUUAGGGCAAUGAGUAAAGAAUAACUCCUCCAACUGAAAUUGCAGUGGGGGUUUCAAGGCACUCAGAUGUAAUUACUCAAGAUGGAGCCUGGCCCAGAGUAACAGGGUCAAUAUCUCAACUUUUGCCAGGAGUCCAGCGAUCAGAGAAACAGCCGCUUUUGGAAUACAGACUCGCGAUGGCUCACGUGGCUGGCUCUGAAUCUUUCAAAGGUCCAACUUGGCGGCUGAGAUGAUAAAGCCGAACUCUGAAUCGCAGACAGAGAGCCUGGAAAGCGACCCAGGAAAAUUGCUUGCUGAACUGGGGAGCUGUCCGUCGUUCAGCAGCCUCUUUCACAGGUGGGGAGAGAAUAUUCUCUUCCUUUUAAUUGUUCAGCCUGAGUUUUGCAAGCCAACUGGCAGUUAGAAAAAGCAAUAAAACCAUGUCUUCUUCUGCCAAGACAUGGUCAGAGCCAGGCUGCAUAUGAACUUCUCCUGUUCUCAAAAAUGGGCCAAGAUAAGAAAUUUACAUAUAUUGGUCCAGUUCUAUUGUCACUGACUGUGUGAGAGAGCUUGCCUGCAAGUUAUGAUUUAGUCUCCUACAGUGAUGUAUUCUGCCACACCAUCGCCCCAAAAGUUAACAGAUUCACAUCCUGAUUUAAAAAGUUGAAGCCAUUGUUGUGUGUUUGUUCACAAUACUACUGUGCAGCAACAUUGCCAUAUAUUGUGAAGGUGUUUGCAAAGUGAUGUUCCUCAUCUGGAGCAAACGAGACAUAAAAUUAGCCCUCUUUCUAGCCAAAAUUUGCAAACCUGUUGACCAGCUGUUUUGGACUACAACUUCCAUCAGCCUCAGCAAGGGCUCCAUAUUGGAGAAGGCUGCUUUGGUCAUGUAUGUCUCCUGAUGCUGAUUAUUGUUUAAAUAAUAAUUAGCCAGCAAAUAGUCAGCUUGGGACUGGCUGUGGCAGGAGCAGUCAACCCUUUGCCCCAAUCAUGGUCCAGAUCAGCUAUUUAUUAAACAAAUUCAGGAAUUGUUGUUAUUAUUUUAUCCCACUUUGGUUGAAAUUAAUGAGCCUGAGGUCCAUUCAUUCUGAGGGGUUUACUCUUAGGCAGGAGUGAGGCCACAUUCACACCAUGCAUUUAAAGUGCUAUGAUAAACAUAGUUGUGGCUACCCCCCCCCAAGAGUUCUGGGAGCUGUAGUCAGUUAAGGGUGCUCAGAGUUUUUUGGGAGAACUCAAGUUCCCAUAGUUCCCUGUGAAGAGGGCUUGAUUGUUUAGCCACUCUGGAAAUUGUAGCUUUGGAAGGGGAAUAGGAAUCUCCUAACAGCUUAGCACGAAGGACAAAGGGCCGUUGCUCAGUGGUAGAGCACACAGUUUGGUAGCGAACCUUUUCAGGAUCAAUCUGUAGCACCUUCAAGUAGGGCAAGAGGUGGGGAACCUACCUGAAAUUUCUGCUCAGGGUAGAGUAGAGCAGGUAUCUUCAACCUUUGCAGCCCCAGGAUUCACUUUUAACCCAAACAUGCAUUUUGGGACCUGUUUCUUAAUCUUUUACCACAUAUUUCCAUGGUGGGAACACUCUUCCAUGGUAAGAGUGUGACCCAUCUUAGAUCAGACAGCAGUCCACUGGUGGUCCUGACCCACCAGUUGAAGACCAGUGGAAUAGACUAUACAGUGGUACCUUGGUUUAAUAACAGUCCUGUUUACGAACGAUUCGGUUUACGAACUCCACAAAACGGGAAGUAGUAUCCCAGUUUGCGAACUUUACCUCGGUCUAAGAACUGAAACCGAACAGUGGAAGGGCACCGGCGGUGGGACGCCUCAUUAGGGAAAGUGCGCCUUGGUUUAAGAACGGUUUCAGUUUAAGAACGGACUUCCAGAACGGAUUAAGUUCAUAAACCAAGGUACCACUGUACUGAACUAGAUGGAACAAUAUGAAUCUAUGUAGAACAGCUUCAUUGUGUAAUGUGUGUGUAUCGGGAUAUUGGUUAAUGUACGAACUAGAUAACUCAACCACAACUCUUUGUUUUCGCAAAUAGCCUAUGGUCCUGUCCAAACUCCCACAUGGAUUUUGCAUCCUUCAGAUCUCUCUUGACUGGCAGUUUCUACUGUGACUCCUGCUUUUCCUUUGUGUUCUGAAAAAAAUAUGUUAACUUGGGAAUUGUUCAAAAGCUGACAGAUAAGGUCUAUAUCCACAUCUUUUGGUUAAUCCUAGUGUUGACAUUUUGUGAGGAGGAAGCACAUAGCUUGACUGGGCAGCCUCUGAUAGGCUUUAUCUCACAGCCAUGUUAUGCCAAGAUUUCUCUUCCAGAAAACCUUCAUGGUGUUGAAUAGAUAGGCAGGUGCAUCAUUAAUCCUCAAUGUCACAGGAGCUUCCAGGGCACCAGGGUUUGCAGCAGGUAGCCCAGAAUUACAGCUCAUGUUUGGGCUUUAUUUUCCCCCCUGUCCUGGAUAUCAAAGAGAGCUUUGGGUUCCAUGCCACCCAAAGCGGCUGUUGGCACAGCUCUCCUGUGCCCGAUACACUUGGGAAAUAGGGAGCAAGCGACUUCCUCCUACAUUUCCUGGCAAGAAGCAAAUGCUGGACACUUGGCUGAGCUGCUCAGAAACACGGCUGCAAGUCACAGGGCCUGUGUCCUCUGAGGCUAAUCCCCUCCACCCUCCCUUUGGCCUCUCCAGCUCCCAAUGCCGGCCAGCUGAGGAUGUGCUCUGGCAGUGUACACACACUGCCGUCGACCUCCUCCUGGUUCAAGGGGGAUAGGCAGAUUCAAGAAGUUAUAAUCCUUUUUUGAACACAAUGAAUCCUCAAAGCAGCAUUCGCUGUGAUAGUUUGCUGGAAGAAGUGCUGCAGGGUGGGGUAGGGAGUUCUGCCACCUGCUAUUUAGCUGUCAGGAAACGGGAGCUCAUGUGUUGCAAGCAGAAGGGCCCUCCUUUAAUCCCCGGCAUCUCUAGGUAGCAGUGUUAGAAACUGAGAUGCGAAAGUUGGAGCUAAAUGGCACCUUAAACCUCGGUUGUGGGCGGAGCAACAGAAUGUCUUGGCACACUUUUUUAAUAACAAAAAUACAAAGCUGAAAAUGAAUGAACUUCAGCUAAAAUAUUAUCUUCCUUUUUCACAUGGUCUAGUCCUAGACCUGCCUACCCCCCUAAUAUUCUUAAGAGGGUCUCUUCUCCAGUUGUCAGAGAGUAGCUGGACGUGGGGAGGCAGAAAAAGGUCCUCCUUUCCUUCCACUCUGCAGUUUUAAUCUGAAAUUGUAGGCACAGUACUGUGCCCAGAACUCAGAAACUGCAUGUGCUGAUGAAAUUCCCUGUCGCAAUAUGCGCCUAGAACAAUGGGAGUUUCAAACACUGCUAGGUAGCGUUGGGAAAGACUCCUGCCUGGAGGGCUGGAGGGUUUCUGCCGGUCUGUGUCAGUGAUACUGAGCUAGAUGACAAAUGGUCUGGCUCGGCAUAAGGCAGCUUCCUUAUAUUUGGAGGUUAGAGACAAGCCCAGUGGGCACGCCCCUUGCAUUUAUUCUGGAUGCAUAGCAUGUGUUUUGCAUGCAGGAGGUCCCAGGUUCAUCUCCGGGUAGUGCUGGGAAAGACUCCAGUCUGAAAUCCUGGAGAGCUCCUGCCAGUCAUUGUAGAUGGUUCUGAGCUAGGUGAAGGGAUGGUCUGACUUGAUAUAAGGUGUUUUCCUUUGUGGCUAGGGGAUGUCUGCAGUAAGAUACUCUACUUUGAAAAUAUAGAUAACAAGCUGGGGAGCUCUGAUGAGUCCUCAGUAGCAUCCUCACUAGAUGGAUUGAGGUUGAAUCUCGAAAAGACAGAAGGGGGACAUGGGGCGGGCGGGUAGGUGUGGAGGACUCUCUGGUCCUGAGCAGGGUAACUGCCACUAAAGGACCAGGUGCACAGUCUGGGAGUCAUUUUGGACUCACAGCUGUCCAUGGAAGCACAGGUUAAUUCUGUGUCGAAGGCAGCUGCCUACCAGCUCCAUCUGGUACGCUGGCUGAGACCCUACCUGCCUGCACACUGAUAUAAGGCAUCUUCCAAUGUGGCUACGGGAUGCCUGCAGGAAGAUACUGUACUUUGAAAAUAUAAGUAACAAGCUGGGGGGUUCUGAAGUGUCUUUAGUAGCUUCCUCUCCAGCUAGGCCUGAACUAGCAGUAUAGCAGUCUAGUGAUAUAGUACAUUUUCCUUACAGGUCUAACCCCUGGGGCUCAGGAACAAAUGAGCACCAAGCCUUGGGCUAUUUAGAAUAAUUUGUGUGACUGGGAGAGCAUAGGGAUGCACCUGUCUCCUUCACUCCAGGCGCAGCUUAGUGCUAUUGGUGUUAUUUGACUCCCAACUCCUCAUCAGCCCCAACUAGCACGGUCAGCGAUUAUGGGAUUUGUAGUCCAAUGACGGUUACACCUCUCUUCAGUAAGGGGCUUGAGCAGUUCAGUUCCCCACCCUGCUACCCCAGCUGAUGCCCAUCAUUUUUGGACCAUGGCAAAAAGCAUGCUCAGGCCUUGUUGGAGUGGGGCGCAGGGUGAGAGGGGGAGGAUCUCUUUUUUAAAAAUAAAAAAGCAAGAAUAUUUAUCCACUUACCUUCAGAAAGUCCCCCAAAUAUUCAGAAUUAUAUAAUUUAUAUAGGGCCACAUUUCACAGCUGGGCAUGAGAUCUUCAGCCCAUACGGAGGAGUGCCUCUGUUUAGGGUUCUAAUCAGCCUGGAACAAAAGGACUCAUCAGGGUGAGCCAGCUGGGGAAGGAGACCCUUCUUGUGUUUUUUCCCCCCAUUCCUGCCCUCCUGAAAUCUUUCCCCACUGUGCCAUGAAUGUUUCAUCAACCUUAGUGUUUAGCAGGGUGCCAGUCCUCUGGAACCUCUCACUGUAACAGAUGAAAUGGGGUGUGUGCAUGUGCAUUACACUUGUGGUGUACCUCCUUUGACCUCAUUCCUUCUCCAGGAUACCUCAUUCCAAGGGGGGGAAACCCGUGGCCCUCCAGCAGCUCCUGGACUCUAGCUCCCAUCAUCCCUAGCCAGCAUAGCCCAAUGGUCAGAGAUCAUGGGAAGUGCAGUCCAACCACGGCUAGAGGGCCACAUGCUUCCCAUCCCUGUUAGUGGUUCAAGGAGACCACUUCUCCUUACUCCAUUUUCCUGUUCUCUUCCCCCUGCCUCUUGGCAUCCUGAACAACUCCGUGAAGAUGUGAAUUGUUGGCCACUGUGUUUUGAUUUGUCUGUUUCUUCCACAGGUGGCCAUCGCUUAUGAAAUAUUAUAACCAGGUGGACAGCGUGAAUUGGCUGGAGGAAUACAAACAACGGCAUAAAGCUGGCUUGGAAGCUCGGAGAAUCGUAGCAUCAUUUUCCAAAAGGUUCUUUUCGGAUCAUGUAAGAUUUCUUGUUUAUUUGAGAAACACUCGUCCUGUGCACGCCAUGAUCCUUUUGUGACCCAGGAUACAAAAGCAUGCUUGAUAGUUUCCUAGUGGGUUACAGGAAAAGUCCUAAGAACUGAGGAAGCUACUUUGAGUCCAUUUACUCAAUAUUGUCUACUGGCAGCAAUUCUCCAAGGUUUCAGACAGAGAUCAAUUCCAACCCUACCUGGAGAUGGAGAUGCUCUGCCACUGAGCUAUGACCCUCCCCACAAAAUAAGCUGCCUCAGACUGAGUCAGACCAUUGGUCCAUCUAGCUCAACAUUGUCUACACUGACUGGCAGCAGCUCUCCAGAGUUUCAGAUGGGAGUCAUUUCCCUGCCCUGGGAUGCUGGGGAUUGAACAUGGUACCUUCAGCAUGCAAGACUGAUGCUCUACCACUGAGCUAUGGCCCUUCACUUAAGGCAUAGAAGCCUUAAGAUAGGCCAUUGGUCUAUCUAGCUCAAUAUUGUGUACACACUGACUGGCAGCAACUCUCCGGGGUUUCAGACACCUAUAUGGAGAUGCUGGGGGUUGAACCUGGGACCUUUUGCAUGUAGAGCAUGUGCCCUUUCAGAUGAGCCAUGGCCCUUCCCUAAAGUCCUUAGUGAUGGGAUAACAUUAUGUUCUUUUGCUAGGUGCCCUGUGACGGCUUCACUGAUAUUGAAACCCUCGAGUGCCCAAGCCACUUCUUUGAGGAUGAGCUGAUGUCCAUCCUUAAUAUGGAAGGAAGGUGAGCCUGAAUUUUAAAAGAGCUAGGAGGGGCUGCAAAAACAAAAUUGCAUUUCCAUAGGGCUGCAAAGUUUAGAUUAAUUGAUCGGCCAGUUAAAACAUUUUUGACUGACUGAAGCAGUGCACCUGAUUUACCCAGCCAGCAGAUUUUAAAUAUUUUUUACAGAAACUUAACAGACACUGCAAAUUCAUGUUGCAAUUUAAUUCUUAAACGUUUUAUUUUAUUAGCUGCAUUCAUAGCCCUCUUCUUCAAAGAAGUUACAAGAGAGCAGACAUGAUUUCCUCUCUGGUUUUCUUUUGCUUUAUCUUCACAACAUUACUUCAAGGUUGGUGAGGCUUACAGAGAGUGACUUGUCCAAGGCAUACCAACAAGCUCCAUAGCCGAGCAGAGAUUCGAACCUGGUCUUAUACCAUUCCAGCUAUUAACAAGUGCUGGUUUUGACCUAUAAGGCCUUAAGCAGCUCAGUACCGCAAUACCUCAAGGACUGCCUCUCCCCAGAUACACCGACCCAGACUCUGUGAUCAUCAUCUGAGGCCCUUCUUUGUGUGCCUACUCCUCAAGAGGUCCAGAGGGUGGAAACAUGAGAACUGGCCUUUUCUGCAGUGGCUUCCCAUUUGCGGAAUGCUCUCGCCAGGAAGGCUCAUCUAGCACCUUCAUUAUACAUCUUUAGGCACCAGGUGAAAACGUUCCUCUUCAACCAGGCCUUUGGCUGAUUAAUAUUCUACGACCUUUUAAAUGUGCUUGUGGGAUGUGGGGUUUAUUGUCUGUUUUUGUUUUAACUGUUUAUUUUGUGCUUUUAUUCUGCAUUUUUAUCUUGUGAACUACCCCGAGAUCUUCAGAUGAAGGGCGGUAUAUACCUUUGAUAAAAAUAAAUAAAUAAAAUAAGUGCCAGUCUUAUGAGAAAUGUUGCAUUCUCUGUGCAAGAGACAAUCGGAAAUGCCUCUCCUGAGAUGUUACAGUGCAUAAUCUAAAAAAAAAAGUCUGCUUACCCCCUCUCUUGUAUGCAAAUUUAUGCAGAUCUAAUUGAUUAAAACUGCAAGGACUGUGUAGGAAGUCUUAAAAGCAGAGGCAGACAACCUGUGGACCUCCAGAUAUUGCCGGACUUCAGCUCUCAUCAUCCCUGGCCAUUAGUCAUGCUGACUGGAGCUGACAGCUAUGUUCCAACAAUAUAUCCGAAAGCCCACAGGUUCCCCAUCCCUGUUUUAAAAACUACACUGAAGUUUUAUAGCUGCUUGCGUGCUCAGCUUUGUUUCACCUUCUAACAAGGCUGCAGCUUAAUAUUUUGCAUUGGUGAGGUUUCUGCUUAACAUCAUUUGAGCUGCUGCGUUGGCCGCUCACAUUCUUAUUAAGAGCAAAUUUAUGCUAACGAUGCUGCAGUCUUUGCCACUUGCUAUCAUUAAGCUAAAUUGUUUCCCUGGAAGCCGUCCUGACAGUGUGUCUGUUCCUACUGAGCGCCCUGAUUGACUAGAGGAUAAUGCGUUGUGAGGUUUGAUCUGUUUGCUGGAGUGGACGGAUCUGAAUUGGGAGAAACAGGAGCAUCACCUGUGCAUGCAUUCAGAGCCCAGGAGGGUAUAGAGCAGGUGUGGGGAACGUAGUCCAUCUGUUGCUGAACUGCAACUCCCGUAAUCCCUGGCUAUUGCCUGUGUUUGCUGGGGCUGAUGGGAGUUGUAGUUCAACAACAUCUGGAGUGACAAAGUUGUCCAUACACCUGGUAUAGUGAAACAAUAGGAUGUGAGUAAGAAGCAUUCUGUAGAAUUGGGUUCUUGGAACACAAAGAACACAAACAGUAGUUAAAAUUAAGCGCUUUUGGAAACAGGAGUGAAUGCUUCUGCACCCCUUCUCGUGGCUACAGGAACCAAGCCAGGCUAAUUCCCAUCAUGAUAAAUAAUAAUAUAAUAAUAAUAUUUAUUAUUUAUACCCCACCCAUUUGGCUGGGUUUCCCCAGCCACUCUGGGCAGCUCCCAACAUAAAUAAUAAUAAUAAUAAUAAUACCAUCAGACAUUUAAAACGUCCCUGAACAGGCUGCCUUCAGGUGUCUUCUAAAAGUCAGAUAGUUGUUUAUUUCCUUGACAUCUGAUGGGAGGGCUUUCCACAGGGAGGGUGCCACUACCGAGAAGGCCCUCUGCCUGGUUCCCUGUAAUCUCACAGUGAGGGAACCAUCAGAAGGCUCUCAGAGCUGGACCUCAGUGUCUGGGCUGGACGAUGGGGUGGAGACCCUCCUUCAGGUAUACUGGGCCCGAGGCCUUGGUCUGAAUGUAGCCAUUCAGAUCUUGGGUCUUCCCAGUCUUAGUUGGUCUUUCUUGACCACUACAUUGCACUGUCUCUCAAGAAACAUCUUAAAUAUCUUUGCACACUACAUUUUCUUACUACAGAAUAAUUAUUAAAUUGGUUUUCUGUCCAAGGCACUGACACAAAUGUAACAGCAUCAAGUCUUCCUCGGCCGUUCUCUUAAGUAAGUGGCAUGUGACGUUUCGAGUCUGGAAGGAUCAGUACCCACCAUAUUUACACAGUGGUCUGAGGACCUUGCAUCCCUCCAAGUCAUAAGGUGGACUUGGAGGAAUAGUUUUCCAUUCUUAACCCCACAAAGAGUCCUGGGACCUGUGGUUUGUUACGGGUGCUGUUAGGAGACCCCGCCCCCUGCUGAUAUUCCCCUCACAGAGCUACCAUUUCCAGAGUUUCCUGGGGAAAAGGAUAGACCGUUAAGCCACUCUGAGAACUGCAACUUUAAAGCCUUCCUUUAUUCUUUUUGGCCAGGCUCCCCGGUGCAAUUUUUCUGCAUUGUUUGCUGAUCCUUAUCUCUUUCAUCUUUCUACCCCUCUCUUGUUUGUUGCUGAAGUUUAAUAAAACUAUUGAUGUCGGCAAAAAUCCCAGCUGGCGUGAGAGUAUUUGAGCGGCAUUGUAGUUCUCUGCCUGCUUUUGCAUUCCGCAGAUAAGAUUGUGCUAUAGGGGUCAGAAGUUGUCUUUUAAAGUCAUGGGAGAUACCUGAGCCGUAUUAAUAAGAUCCUGCUUUCAGGGCUUGGUAGUUGUUUCCAUGCUCUGCUUGGCUAGCCCCUUAUAAUCACGCCAUUCAAGCGUUUCUCUUUGUGCGCCUGGCUUUCCUCUUCCCAUUCUUCCGACUCAAGCGGUUGCUCACCACAAUGGUUCUCCUUCACUGUGCAGGAAAGGCCUGACGUGGAAGUACUAUGCAAAGAAAAUCCUUUACUUCAUGCGGCAGCAAAACAUAUUGAAGAAACUGAAGGUGUAUCUUCAGCGCCCAGCGGAUGAGCAGUCCUUUUUGGAAGGUGAGUGGAGGCCUCAACGUGAUAGCAAGCAUCUGUCCUACCAGCCGAAUCUUUAUUGUUUAGCCAAAGGCUCUGCGUCACACAAAAGAAUCCAAAUGGAGCAUCACUCAAAAUGUAGUUAAAGUAAAAUAGUGUGAUCUACUGGCACAUCCAAUAUUUUCCAAUGCAGUUACAAAAAAACAAAAAACCUCAUUGUACUCAUUACAAAACGGGCAGAAUCUUAACCAUUUUGUAAUUUAAUUCAGUGGUUUGUCCCGAAAUCAGCAGUCCAAUCUUUUUCUGUUCCUCGUAUGUUCUCAAAUAUUAUUUCUGAAAUGCACACGCUCCAUCUUUAUCUGGAUUUGAAGAGCUUUAUCCCAACACCCCCAUUUGCUUUUCCUUGUUUAGCUUUUAAUUUCCUCUUAAUGCAAUACAGACUGGCCAGUUUAAUUCUUCACUUACCUUACUAAAAUGAGAAUUCCCUUCUCCUUCACUUGCCAAUUAUCUCUCUCUCUCUCUCUCUCUCUCUCUCUCUGUGUGUGUGUGUGUGUGUAAGGUUAAAAAUGUUUUUAUAAUUUCAUGAGGAGGGGCUCUUUGGGGAAAAAAAUCUAUUCCAAAGAUGGGGAACCCCAGUCCUCCAUCCCUAUUUGGGCCUUGGGGCUCUCCUAGACCACGCCCCCUCACAGAGGCCACGCCCUCUGUGUUUGCUUAGAUGUUAUGUGCUCAUGAACCAUGAUAAUGCCUUUUGCUUAACUUGCAGGAGAGAGGAGAGGUGGGUGGGUGGGUCCCAUCUGUUACUCCACCCACCACUGUUACAUGGCCCUUGGAAGGCUGCUAACUAGCGAAUGUGGCCCUCGGGCUUUAAAUGGUUCCCCGCCCCAAUCUAAUCAACUCACCACUCAAUUCAGGGACCCAGCGGCUACAGCGCCCCAUGGCAGGUGUCUGUCCAGCCGCUACUUCCCAUUACCCGGCAGCUCUUACCAUUCGAAAUUAAAUCUGCUCACAACCCUUGAGUAAUUUUAAUGGAAUAUAUUUCUGCCCUGCCUCUCUUCCGGGUUUUUCCAGGGGCUGUACUGAUUGACCAGUAUUGCAACCCACUGUCGGACAUCUGCCUAGAAAGUGUCCAAGCCCAGGUUGACGAUAUUGUGGCCAAAGUUCGGAAAUUCCUGAAAUCGAAAAACUCUAGGCACCCAAGUGUGACCCAAAAAGCAGGUAUUGUACAAAGCUACUUGAGUUAGUUUUUUGUUUGUGUUUUUUGUUUUGUUUUGGACAGCCUUUUCUAUGGCAAUGCAGCUACUCUGCGCUAGGGUGACUUGUAGUGUUGGAAGGAACCACAAGGGUCAUGUAGUUCAACCCCUUUGCAGUGGAAGACUUUUUCGCCCAACGUGGGGCUCAAACCCACAACCCUGAGAUUAAGAGUCUCAUGCUGACUGAUACUGACUGAGCUAUCACACCUGGGCGAGAGGUGAGGAGAACAUUUUCCUGACAAGGGCCACAUUUCCUCUGGAGAAAUCUGUCAGGGGCCACAUGCUGGCAGUGAACAGGGCCAAAGCCACCAGUGGACAGAGAUGCCCCCCCCUUCUCUCACUCUUCUCACCCAGCAGAGGCAAAUGACAUUACGAUGGGAGUGGCCGCAGAGACCAUAUAACACCAGACCUGAAACACCUACAUUGGCUCCCAGUACAUUUCCAAUUCAAAGUGUUCCAAUUCAAAAUGACCUCGGCCUAGUAUAGCUGAAGGAACGUCUCCACCCCCACCAUUCAGCCCGGACACUGAGGUACAGCUCCGACGGCCUUCUGGCGGUUCCCUUACUGCAAAUUUACAGGGAACCAGGCAAAAGAGGGCCUUCUCGGUAGUGGCACCCUCCCUGUGGAACGCCCUCCCAUCAGAUGUCAAGGAAAUACAACUAUCUUGACUUUUAGAAGACAUCUGAAGGGAGCCCUGUUUAGCGAAGUUUUUAAUAUUCUGUUGGGAGCCACCCAGAGUGUGAGGUGAUGGAUUUGUGCAGGCGACUGCAGGAACUCAGUUUCUGGAAGCCCCAGGAAGGGAGAGUGCUCUUGUGCGCAGGUCCUUCUUGUGGUUUUCCCACAGGCUUCUUGUUGGCCACUGUGAGAACUCUCCCGUUUUCCUAGCAGUUUCAGCGAAUUAAUUUAUUCUUGUGUUUCAGGGGAGGUCUUGAUCGUCUCUCAGGUGGAGCUUCAGAGGCAGGUCCUCGAUGCCAUGAACUACGUCCUCUACGAGCAAUUGAAAUACAAAGGGAACGAGGUGGAUUACUACAAUUCCCUGAAUUCGUACAUCCGCCAGGUAAAGAGAACAAACAAGUCGGAACAGGAGAACUGACUUGCCCGUUAACUUGCCUUUUUUGGCAUAGGAAUAUGUUUGCAUGCCGCCCUAAAGGCAGUGAUUUAGAAUGAACAGGUUAGAGAUGUGCCUGGGGGCAGGCGGAAGUUAGGGUUCUCUGAUCAUCUGAGCCAAUGGGCAGGGAGUGGUGCAGCAUGGAGAGGGGAGGAUGUCCUGGCAGCACAAAGAAAAGAGGCGGCAGACAGUUACUGUCUGUUGCCUCUUUGGGACCAUCCGCUAGCCACCAGAGACCUAGUUACUCCCAAGUCUCCUCUCUGUCUCGCCCUUCCAUCACCUCAUCAUUGCACCCUUUAUUCUCCCAGGAUUUGGGAAUAUCAGCUCGGGGUUUCAGAUAGUGCAAUCUCACGGCACUACUGCUGUUCUCGUGCUGUUUUUAUCCAUUGUAUCUGUUCUUAACGUUAUGCUUUUAUUCUUCCAUGGGAAACCACUUGGGGAGCACAAUGUGGGGGAAAGCGGCUUACACAUCUUACAAAUAAACGAAACAGAGAGACAGAUUGUUCUCAGUGGUUACAUGGGAGCUUCUGGGCCUAUUUUGUCUUCCUCGCCUUAAAAGAACAGAGGAUCCAUUGUACUGCAAGGCUGUAAACCAACCAGUCCCUGUUUUUGGGGGUGGGCUUAAACAUAAUCCCAGAUCAGAGGGACUACCCCUCACCCUCACUGUUGGUCUCGUUUUCUUUUUCUGGUUUCAGGUUUUGAUCCACAGGACUGGAAUCCCAAUCAGCUUGUCGGUGCUUUACUUGACAAUUGCCAGGCAGUUGGGUGUGCGGCUGGAGCCUGUCAACUUUCCCAGCCACUUUUUGCUCAGAUGGUGCCAAGGGACAGAAGGGUAAGCUUUUAAAGUUUCGCUUGGCCUCCCGCCCUCCCACCAGGAACCUUGUUUUCCGAGCUGGCAAGGCAGCAAGAGAGGCAGCUAUCUCAGGCAACAAGAUGGCUUCGGCGUUGCCAUUUUCAAGUUAACUGCUGCCAAACGGCAAAGUAAUGGGAAGGGUUUGUGUGCGUGUGUGUCCUUCUACUGCAGAAGAGAAAUGGGUCGCGUUCGAUUAGAAAAAACCCCACUACUUGCCAUAGUCAUCAAUAACAUCGGUGCGAUCUCAUUAUCUGCCAGGGAUCUGGCCAGCCGUGGAACCGAAAGUUAUACAUUUCACUCUGUAAUGGCUCUGACAGUGUCGCAAGAUGGCGGGAAUGCAGCUGCCUAGAAUAAAUGGUAGCGGAUUUCCAGGGGGCGAAAAUGGCAUUUGCCCAUAGACACACACACACACACACACACACACACACACACACACCCUACGCCACCCCUGAGAGCAGUCUCAGCUCCCCAUGGGUUGCUUCUUCGUGCAGCCAGAACAACACCGUCAUGCAAAAUGUGUACCCCUUUUCUCUGUGCCUAAGGGGUGCUGUAUUAAAAAAUAAAGCUGUUUCUGCCCACCUCAUUGUAUGUCUGUACGCACACCUGUUCCAUGUCAAGGUAUACCCACCACUCCUGCCAUGAGGGUGACAGCCCCAUUAUUGCGUGGAAGAGCACUUUGUUUCUUCUAGAAAGAGAAGCAUGCUAUGCUUGCUAAAGGCUUGCCCUUCGUUUUUGCUUUCUUUCUGCAGAAGCACAAACAUCUUUGACUAUGCCUAUAUCGACGCUUUUGGGAAGGGGAAGCAGCUCACUGUGAAAGAGUGCGAGUACCUGAUCGGGCACCACGUGACCGAGGAAUUUUAUGGCGUGGCGACAGCAAAGGAAGUUUUGCAGAGAAUGGUGGGCAACUUGUUGAACAUCGGGAAGCGGUAAGAACCCAGCAGAGCAUUGCGUCAAAAGCCCUUUCUGAGGAGACCCAAAAAUCGCAGGUUCGGGUGGUGAAAUGCCGCAGCUGCUAAGAGGCAGCCACAAAGUGGGGAGUCCAGGGUCCAAGUCUCCUAGAAGUCUUCUGCUUCUGAUCUGGUAUGGCAGAAGGCAGGAACCUCAGCAGUUGAUGGAGCUAAUAGCAGGCAGAGCCAGCUAUUUCCAGUCCUGUCCCUGUCCUCCUCCCAGCUAGGAGCUGAGACUAAGGAGGAAGCUGAUAGGCAGGGCCAUCCCUUGGACUGACUGCAAAUAGAAAGGCAGGCUGGUUGGGGCAGAGCAAGGUAGGUGGGGUAGUGCCCCCAUUGGCCCUGAUCAACCAGUUUCAUGAACAUGAAUGAAAGCAUAACCUUUGUCUUUGCCUGUUUCUGUUUGCCAGGGAAAGCACUGAUCAGUCCUACCAGCUCCUGCGAGACUCCUUGGAUCUGUACCUGGCCAUGUACCCAGACAACGUGCAGCAUCUCAUGCUCCAGGCUCGAUUAUACUUCCACCUGGGAAUCUGGCCAGAGAAGGUACUUAAAGCCUUGUGUGCCAUCACUUGCCCAGGCUCCUGCCCCAAAACACGCAAGCAGAGCCCCUUGCUUGCCGGUAAGAAAGAGAUCUUAAAUCAGGCAAGCCUUAUCAACAGACACAGUGCUCAGGGGUCAUAGUGCAGGAGUUCAGGAGCAGGGCAAGAAGUUCUGAACUGGAUAGAAGUGGCAAAGGUGUCCCAAAAUGUUUCCCAGCCACGCCUGCCAAGCCUUUAAAGAUGAGGCGUGGCAUGCUCUCUCGUGAGACUCUACUGCCUUGCGGAAAUGUCAGGAUUGCAAACGUGUGUUCUGUCAGAGCAGGAGGGUCUGCUCCCAGUCUCCCUACCCCGUUGUCUGUGGCACCAGCUCACGGAAAUGGCAGCUGUUUGCAACGUUGCAUUAUUUUGCCUUUCUUCUUCAAAGGUGCUGGACAUCUUGCAACACAUCCAAGCGCUGGACCCCUCCCAGCACGGAGCAGUGGGCUAUUUAGUUCAGCAUACUCUAGAGCACAUCGAACGCCGGAAAGAGGAAGCGGGGCCUGACGUGAAGCUCCACUCGGAGGAGAAACACAAAGACGUCUGCUAUUCUGUCGGCUUGAUUAUGAAACAUAAGAGGCGAGUCCAUCCCGUUCCAUUCCUCCUCCUCUGCUCAGUAUUCUGUGCUUGUUUGGUGUUCUUGCAGCAUCAGAUGUUUGCUUUCAGUUUGAGGAUCAUCACAGAUUCAAGCACCACCGAUAACCUAGUUCCGGAAGCAGGAUUAGUAUCUGAAUCUCCAUGGAAGUUCCCUGUUGCAUAGUUAAAAUGGCAGAACCAGCAAGUACAGGCAGGAUCAGAGCUGCUCGUCCCCCAAUCCCAAUCGGCUUCUAAGCUGAACCUCAGCAACAGUGGCAGUAAUGCCUGUGGGAACUGAUUCAAAAUAGCUUGGUACCCUAAGCCCAGUUUCAGCCAUUUGCAGAUGGGAAAGGGUUACUGUUUUUUUCUCCAUAAUACUCUUUGGGGGAAAUUGGCUGGGGACCAUCUGCCAAUUGAAUCUGUGAAGGAGCUUCACUGAGCACCUACCCAACGAUGAAAUGUAGAAAUGGGUUGGCUGUUUUGCCCUAAAAUCUGGGCUGAAAGUUCAAAAGUUCAGCCCAGUCAAAAAAAGAAAGAAACGUGAUCUGGAUGAAACGAGCAAAAUUUGUCCCCAAAUGCACAAAUGUCUUUUAUCAUGAAGGGAAUAACAUACAAAGCUGCCAACCAGAAAAAAAUAGCGUAUUUUAUCUACAGCAUUUAUCCAUCUGUAUACCGUAAGAAUGGGGUUAAAAUUAGCUCCCUGGGAACACUGUUCUAUUUCUGUAUUCGAUGUUAUUUUUAGUUGGCUUUGGACAUGUUGUACAAAGACCAGCAGAUAACAGGGAUAUAUAUAAAGGGGGCAUAAUUUUUGUGUGGCCCCCGGGAAAACAUGUUAUUACAACAGAGAGAGAAAUUGUAGUUCCUGAGCUAUUGACACUUUCUCCUGGCAUGGAUUUUUUUCAUGUACAAAGAGUUAUCUCUUAUUGGGUCUGUUUCACACAUAACACUAAGCACUAGUUUGUUUAACGAAUCAUGAGCUGACCACGAUUUAACCCUCAGAUGAUCAAACAAAGCAUAGGUUUUUUCUCCGAAGAUUGUUUUGUUUUCCAGCUGUUCUUGUGGCUUGGAGAGCGUCUUAGGUGGCCCAACAAACACACGGUUAAGGAAUUGGGCUUGGUUCACACAUAAUGCCAAGCCAAAAUUAAAAACAAACCAUACUUUAUAAGCCUGCUGCAAACCAUGGUUUACAGUUAUUGUUUGGGAAAAUAAGCAAACCAUGGUUUAAGUUACAGGGCUGGGUUCACAUGGUCAAACAAAUCAAAAUCAAACUAAGCUAACCAUGGCUUAGUGGUUUUUUGUAACCCCGGCUACCAUUUAAGAACAGUGACAAAACAGCAGCAGGAAGAUUGUAUGACAAUCUGGGAUUCUGCUAUUGAACACUGUAAAAGGCAAUCCCAGCUUCCUCAGCCAAGAGGCAGUUUUUUUCAGUGCUCUUGUGAUAACCAAGGUUUUUUCAUUCUGUCAGGUUCAAAUAACAUAAUGUUGGUUAUUGAUUACCAUAACACUAUGCAAAAUCCUUGGUGGAAAAGUUGUGAUCCAUUUGAAAUUAUUGAUGUUUUGCUCUUUUUGGCUCUUUUUGCUCUUUUCAUUCUACUUAGAGUAGACCUACUCUUUCCAUAUACAAGGGCUGGAUUCUUUCCUUUGUGAUGUUGUCAUGUGAAAUUAUGGCUGAAAUGAAGCGGGGGGGACAAGAACCCUUUUUUCCAAUAGGAUACCAGUCUCUUAUUUUCCUAGGGGUGUUUUGCAAUUGUCAACAGUUACAGCUAUAGAAUCAGAGAAAUGUAGAGUAGGAUAUGGACCGAAAGGGUUCUGGCUGCGCAGAACCUCUUGAUUCCACCCAGGCACCCCAAUGCGUAUGUGCCAUAUUGCCUCCGAUUUGACUGUCAAUUAAGUUGUGCGCCCUUCCCCACCGUUUUUCAAUUUAGAUAUGGCUAUAACUGUGUCAUCUACGGCUGGGACCCGGCAUGCAUGAUGGGGAACGAAUGGAUCCGGAACAUGAAUGUUCAUAGUUUGCCGCAUGGUUCCCAGCAGCCCUUCUACAACGUAUUGGUGGAGGACGGAUCAUGCCGAUACGCAGCCCAAGGUAAGCAGCACUGGGACAUUCUCCUUCGGGGGAAACGGGUUCAGCCGCUUCUAAUGUGGAAAGAAACCCCAGGUUUUUAACAUAUGCCAGUGAAGCUGUGCAAAUCAGGGGUGCAGGCUGGUGUUAGAAACUGAGAUAUGAAAGCUAGAAGCUAAAUGGCAACUUAAGUCUGUGAAAGGCAGACAAGAAAUAUUAAAGAAUGAAAAUAAGCAUGCAGGUGAAAAGUAAUAUGGGAUAAUACUCAUUGUCUGUCUCAUGAGUAUAAAUAAGGUAAGAAUUGUAAAAGGACGUAGUGUAGUCUGCAGAUCAAAAAUGCUAUGCAAGUAAUAUUUGAAAAGAUGGGAUCUUCCACUAGAGGGUGCUCUGUACCGCUACACAAAUGGGUGUUUGGAAGGGUUUUUCUUAAAUAUGCAACCUGCCAUAUAUUUUCUUAUUCUAAGUAUUGAGCUUCACACUCAGAAGUGCCCAGAUGAUAGGCACCUAGCUGGUUCUUUAAAUACUAGUAUUGCCUGGGUGAUGGGUAUGUACCUGCCUGUCCACCUCCUUUAGUUCAAGCUGUAUAAUUGUAGAUGAACUGGUAUUUAAAAAGAAAUCAUCUCUCUCUCUCUCUCUGCCUGCCUCUCUUCAUCUUCUCAAGGCAACUCCCAUCAGACCCAGUCAGAAGAGCCAAUGGCUUGGGAUGAUGGGAGUUGUAGUCCAGCAAUGUCUGCAGAGCCACAGGUUCCCCAUCUCCGCUUUCAGCAUCUGCCCACAGGACCACAGAUGGUCCUGAUCCAGCAGGCUUUUCUUGUGUCCUUACGAUGACAAGUGUUUACUUGAGGAAAGCGUUCAACACAAACAGGGAGUCAUUGCCUCAUUGCCACCCUCCACACCUCUCUCAGAGAAGACACAUGAAGGAAGGCCCUCUGGUGGCAACUGCAGGUCCAGUCCCUAUAGGGCAGGCAUAGGCAAACUCCGGCCCUCCAGAUGCUUGGGACUACGAUUCCCAUCAUCCCUGACCACUGGUCCUGUUCGCUAGGGAUGAUGGGAAUUGUAGUCCCAAACAUCUGGAAGGCCGGAGUUUUCCUAUGCCUGCUAUAGGGAUUGGCUUUUUGCAGACUCACACAGCCAAAUUACCAAGAGGGGCAUAUUCUCAGAGCUGACACUGUGUUUUUUUUCCAAAGUAUCCUCCGCUCUGAAUGGCAACAGAGUCCCCGAAUAACAGCAGAUACGAGCCACUUCUUCAGGAGAGGCUGGUCUGUUAGGGCAUGUAGGAUUCCACCCUUCUGAUCUCGGCCUGCCCACAGCCAGACCCCACCUGCCUGCCUUCUUGCUCACAGGAAGUCCAAGGAGAAACCCUGCCUGCCAGCUUCCUCCUCCUUAACCCCAGGGUUGCCCUUCUAGAACUUGUCAGAGAGGAAGACAGGGUUGGAAGUGGAAUUAGUUGGCCCGGCCUUCCUUUGCCCCCGACUCUGCCUGUUGUUGCCCAGUGUCAUGACCCUGCAGUCAUCUUCCAGGGAUGAGGCAGAGAGUCUGAAGCAAAAGGCAAUGGGUGUGCAGGCCAAGCUUCAGAAAUGAGUUCAGAGAGACCUGGGGCGGCUAGUACCCCCCUGACCUGAGAAGGUGGCACUGCCAUCCUCUGACUCAGAGGACUCCACUGCAGGAGGACUGGAGGAAACCCACCCCCACGCUCCAUCGCAAUAGGAGGUUCCAGGGGCAGGCUGAACCUUUGAAGUAGAACAGCAGCACCUUGCAGAUGCUAAGAAUUGGGCUGCACCUGGCGCUGCUGCCGCGUAAAUAGCUGUUUUAGCCUGUUCCUUGCUAGAGCUCCCUAGAUCCUUGCCUUGUUUACUGCCUGAACCUUGACCCACCGGUGUGGCCUUGCCUUCCCACACUGCAGAGCCCCACAGCCUCCCCGCUUUUCUCCCUGCCAGUCCCAAAUGGGCACCAGACACCCCCACGGUUCUUUUUGUCAAGCUUGCAGAAACGGUCACCUUCCCUUUGUUUCUUCCUCUUGCAGAGAACCUGGAGUACAACAUGGAGCCCCGAGAAAUCCCUCACCCGGACAUUGGCCGUUACUUCGCAGAGUUUGCCGGCACGCACUACCUAGCAAACGCUGAGCUGGAGUUCCGGUACCCCGAGGACCUGAGGCUGACGCUUGCGGAUGUCCAGAAAACGUACGGGAACAAGGAAUGAACUUCUGUCUGUCUUUGCUGGUGUGAAAGAUGGCUUUAGUGCGGUGGCGGCAGCAGCGAGAGCUGCGUCACGGGAACCGUUCUUGACAGUUCUCCGGCUUAACUAGGGAUCACAUUUUGCUUGAUAACUAGGGGUGAAGUUUUUUGUUCUUUAACCACCCAGCUAAAGCCGUGCCAAUACUAGUGAAAUACUGCAGGACACCUGAGCUGCUGAGGUGUGCAGAUGCUACUUGUCGGAAAUGACUUCUGUGUACGAAGUACAUGGUACUCCUUACCGCUCUUGGACCUCGAAAGCUCUUUGUUUCCCCACCAAAGACUUGGGGGAGUGUUUGGGGUGGCCUAGAGACUGGAAACGUUGGCACCUUACGGAUAGGGUUAGUCCUCCACAUUUGCGGUGCAAUGAAGGUCUUGAGUUAUGUGCAUACCCUGGAAAGAACACGGCUUUUUCACAGACCUCGUUGCCCACCUUCAAUUCCAUGCAGCCCUGUGCCAAAAUCUUGGGAAUUAUAUUGAAACUUCUUUGUCCAAAGAUCUUGCACUGAGCCGAUCUCCUCCCACUGCUGCAAACAAUCGCUCAUGCUAGCUUUUUUCUCCAGGCUUCAUAGAUUCCAUUACACACACACAAACACGCACACACACACACACACACACACACACAAACACACCGCACUCCUCUUGCUCUGCACCAGUCUUGGAAGGAGCUGCUCAUGUUGCUGUGAUAUUUCCCUGUGCCUAAAGAGGAGUAUCCAUGCUGUGCUGUGAAAACCUCACGUUUGUCAAGACAAAUCUCCUGGGCUUUUUGUGUGUGUGUGUUUGUGUAGUCAAGGGCUGCCAACCUUUUGGAGCCAGUGGGAAUUUUGAGAUGGUGCCAUGGGCACCAGUCACAAAAUGGCUGCCGCGGGUGUGGGUGUGUAGCGUGAAAGAAAAUGGCUGCCGCCCCCCCAAAAUGGCUGCUCAGAAUGGAUGGGAGGGCAGGUGGUCCAGUCCUGGCAUCCAAUGAAAUUAGGGCGUGUUUAAAGCAGGGGAAGGUGUUGAAUGUAGGAAAGACUAAGCAAACAGAAUCUGAGCAGGAAGAGCACAGAGUCCCUCCUGCGUUGUGGAUUUUUGAGGGGAUGUUUACUGGGGCCUUUUGUGAGUGCUGUAUGAGGUACCGGUGGGCACGAUGUUAGUGACCAUGGUUCAAACCAAGCUCCAUUUGGAGGAAAACAGGAAGUCCUAUUAAUCAGGGAAUGUCCACGAAAUCUUAGUUACUUGAUUUGCAGCCCAGCAACCAGAACGGUACCUAAGCAGGCUGGGGGGGAACAGCUGAUUGUGCACCUUUGUAUUUCGUUAAACACUGUAAACAUGCACCGCGAAGAGGUGGGAAACAUGUAAUUUUAAAAUGGGCAUCUUUCUAAGCAGAGGGCAGUCAAUAUUUACCAGAUUGCUGGCUUGGGAAGGCUUCAGGUAAACUACAAUUAUCACGUUGCGAGGGGUAAAACAAUAUGUAGUUUUGAAUGUUAGUAGCAGAGAAAUCAUUCCUUUCAGGAGAACUCUUUGUAGUGCACGCGGUAUUUCUAGUAAUAUUUUAACCAGCGUAUAUCCUUGUGAAAUUCUCUCAGGGAUGGGCAAUCUGUGGCCCUCUGUUCUUGGGCUACAUUUCCCACCAUCCCCAUGCUGGUUGGGGCUGAUGGGAGCUGGAAUCCAACAACAUACGGAGGUCCACAGGUUCCUCACCCCUCUUUUACGUUAUCUGCUGGGGACAACUUGAAGCAGUUUAGAGGGCUAGUCCAAGAGAGCCAAAAAAACCUUGAAAGCAUUUGUAGUAAAUGGAAUCAGAACUGGAGAGACAAAAUCCUGCAUAGCAGGUGUGAGGGACCUCUGGCCUUCCAGAUGUUCCAGAACUACAAUUCCCAUCAUCCCAAGCCUUCUGCGUUCACUGGGGAUGAAGCGAGUUCUUUCCCCCCAUUACGUUUUACUAAGUUUCAACAUACAGAAUUUCGUCUUCCUUCUCAUUUUUACCAACUUUCCACCCCAUUUUCCAUGCAAGUUGUCGUUUCUCCCCUUCUGCUGCAACCUGUCUUCCAUCAAAUCAUAACCACAAUAUUAUCAUCUAAUUACCUCUGCCGCUCGUAGAUCAAAUCCUGCUCGCGAGUUCAUCGUGCUAUAAUAUUUAUUUAAAUAGUCCGAAAAGGGCAUCCAUUCUUCCAUAAAACACUCAUCAGUAGAUUGUCUUGAUUUUGAUGUUAAUUUUGCCAGUCAUGCACAGUCCAUUAACUUACCCAUUCUUCCUUGGUUGGAACUUCUUCUUCCUUCCAUUUCUUCGCAUGUAGAAUCCUAGCUGCUGCUGUUACCUACAUAAACAACUUCCAACAUGAUUUUUGAGAGGGGAUUUCUGCCCCUAUCAUCCCUAACGUAAAUGCUUUGGGCUUUUUUACAUAUAUAGGGACGAAGGGAGUUCUAAUUCAGCAGCGUCUGUGGGGCCGGAGGCUCCCCGCACCCUGCCCUACAGUUCUCAGUACGACAUGAAUCCCGAUUCAUCAUUUCAGGGGUAAGAACUUUAGCAAUACACUGAAUUUCCCCCUCUCUUUUGGGGAAAGCUGCUGCUGCUGCUGCUCCUCCUCUGCAACUAGGGAACAAUGUGUCUGCCUCAACCUCCUCCGCCUGCAGCUGGCUCCUUUUUAAAGCAUUCGUCUUUAAAGCUGUCAGGUCAGGACCCUGUACCAAGGUGGGCUGCAGCAGCAAGCGCCAUCACCAUACACUGAAUAUGGUUUAAAAAAAUAAAUGAAUGAAAAAGCAGGUCCCCAAAUGCAUGCUUGGGUAAAAGACUGAAGACUGCUGCUUUUAAAAGCGUGGCAGGAUUCCUGCCACUGAGUCUUGGGCCCUGCAUCAACGCUAGGCAUGCGACCUUGAUCCAAAAGCUCCUUUAGUUCCCUUUUCUGUGUUUUUAGAGUAGUCAGAUACUUGGCCUGUGGUACUUCCUACCAAGGUGCUCUCAGAUUUUGGUUUGUUUUGUAAACCACUUAGAACUUGUCCUUUAUAUGGAAGGUGCUAUAUAAAUAAAUAAAUAAAUAAAUAAAUAACUCGAAACAGUAUAAUGAUAUUAAAAAAGAAUACUUUGUACAGCUAAUCUACAAUAUGCAGUUUUGCUCACAAAAAUGAGAUUUUUAGAGGAGAGUUUCAAACAUGGAGGGGUUGGGGGGGUCUUCUUAUCUCCCCCUUCCCCUUUGCUCUUGAUAGCAUCUCUGAAACAAAAUGUUCACUUCUUCAGGUUAUAAUAACUGUGUUUAUAUCUAUCUUGUCUUCUAGACUGUUAGUCCAUAGCUAUACUUUAUUCUACUAGUAGUUGAUGGCAGGACUACAGAGGGGGGUUAAUAUAAAUGAGUGUCUUUGCUUGGGCAUUUCUAUAUUUUUAAACAGGGUGGAUUCUGGGCCUGUGAUAGAUACACGAAUGGAAGUCCAUUUGCUGCUGUGAUUUAUCAUUCUAUGGAACUGCAUCAGCCGCCCUGUCAUAGUGAAUUGUGUGUGUUCAAAGUGACUGCUGUAUUGCUGGCUCUCCAUGCACUAGUUUUGUUUUAAUUUAUGCACAAUAGGUUAUUUUUAAAAGAGGUUCUUGGCUUCAAGCUUGCCUGGGGAAAUUUUACACACACACACACACACACACACACACACACACACAUAUAUAUGUAUAUAUAUAUAUAUCGCUUUUCGACCAGUUCGUAGGCCAAAUACUCCUUUCCAGCCCUUUCUGUCCCAUCUGCAAGUUUAUCCCCAGGCCACAUAUCCUGUUCAAUGACUUCAUAGAAUUGUAGAGCUGGAAGGGACCCUGGGGGUCAUCUAGUCCAACCCCUUGCAGUGCAAGAAUAUGCAGCUGUUCCAUCUGGGGAUCGAACCUGCAACCUUGGCGUUAGCAGCACCAUGCUCUAACCAAUUGAGCUACCCAGGCUGAAUUCCUUGAGUGCUUCUGCCUGGCUGGGAUAUGUUAUUGAACUGUGGUGAUGCCUCUUGUUUGUCUCGGUGGAGAGAUUGGGGGGAGGGGCAGGAAGUGGAGAUUUGUGACUUUUUUUGUAGCUGGAUCGUGGCCCUUGGUACAGAAGGAAAAGUUGCAGCUGUUGCUGCACCUACUUUUCCCCACCCACUAUCAUGUAGCCCUCCCAGGCUGAAAAGCCUUCCCCAUAACCCCUACAUCUAAGCCUCUCCAUUAUCCCUGCUGGUUUGGAACUGCCUGUGGUUCUCCCAGCGGGAAAAAGAAAUGCACUUUACACAUUCCCAGAGGGGGCUACCUUCUUUAUUAACAGUUUCCUAGUCUGGGUCUGAGGCCUGGUAUUGAAAACAGGUCCUGAGACUGAGAGCAAGAGCAAGUCACUCCCCAAAUGUGUGUGAGAACUGUGGCCAAAUAGAUACAUCUCCGUACAACUGGCACACGUACUUUCCAAACUUGGGAAUAAUUAUGAGACUUGAAAGUAGGGCGGUUUAGUGAUUGUUGUGGCCUAAGCUUCUCUGCUCAGAAGCAUAUCUCACCAAGUUUGAUGCCCAGGAUUUUAAGGACUUGAGGGUAUUCCUGCUGGGUCAGAUCAAGCAUGAAGAUGUAUGACUAGCCUUGCUCGAUCAGGCCAAGGUCUUCUCUAGGUCUUCUAGAUGUGGGUGGACCACAGCUCCCAUCACCCACAACCACCUUAGCCUAAUGGUCACAGGUGGUGGGAGUUGAAGUCCACCCAUGUGGACUUCUCAUCUAGCAUCCAUUUCUCAUUGUGGUCAACCAGAUGCCGUGGGUAAGCCAUCAGGCAGGUUCCAAGAGCAGCAUCACUCUCCCGUGUGAUCCCCAGCAACUGAUUCUCAGAGACACAUACUGCUUCUGACUGAACAUUGUUUCCGUUUUUCAUUUAGUCCAAAGCACAUGCACAUGUUAGCCCAAAUUCUUCCUACCUCCCCCAACCCAAAGCUCCAAUACCAGAAGAGACUCGGGCUCAAAGGAAAGUGGCCAAAGCAAUGGACAACUGAGAGAGAGAGAGAAGAAUCUCACCAACACACCCCUCUCCUGCACCUCCUUGCGUUAUCAGAGCAGGUGCAUAAGCAAACAAAGAUGGCCACCACUGUUGGGUGGCCACAAGUGUAUGACCGAGAACAUAUCCCAGAAUUCUCUGGAAAGUAGGAGAGCUGCAUGGCAAAUUUGGAGAGCCUUUCCCAAAUGUCUGGAUGGAGAGCCAGAAGUUAAUGGUCGUUUCCAAUCAUUCCUGACUGUUGGCCAUGUUGGCUGGUACAGAUGGAAGUCCAGAAGCAUCUGGGGGCGCAUCUCCACUGAGUGUUGGCUAGGACAGUUUUUGUUGAAUGUUGUUCCUUCCUUAGGAUGAUUGAACCCGAGCAGAGAACCUUGUGUAACUUAAUGGUUAAGGUCAACUGGUGAAAACGGUUGUUCAUCCUAGAGCGACAGGAUGCGUUGCUUCCUUGCAUGAACUCUUUGUACUGAUAAGGUGCAUAAGCUCUUUGCAUGGAGGGUCACUGGAUUGAGGCUGUGAACUUUUUUCUUUUUCUUUUGCAUCCAACUUGUGAAUGAUGGGAACACUCUGUGGUGAACUGGCAAUAUGUUAUUUUGACUGCUGUGGAUUUUCCAUAACUUAUUUUUCAUGAAUUGCUUCAGGGUGGGUGUUGGGUUUUUUUGUUUUGUUUCUGGAGGGGUUGAAGGAGUUGGGAGUUUGUUCCUAGACUAUAUGGUUGGGGAAGAGAUCCCAAUAAAAGUAACUACUGCUUUAAA